CAAUUUUGUAUCUUAUAAAUACAGUUUAAGGCAAAUUACGAUUCAAGUCGAAAAAGGCUUAGGAUAUAUUUCUCUACUGUUAAGUUACACGAAUCGAUCUUCCGAUCCUGCUAAAUAUGUAGCCUACUUUUAGGGAAAAACCAAAUUUUGUGACUAUUGCCGCUAGCUAUCUUAUCCACAGUCCUAUGUAUCUGCUGUAAAGUCAUUUUCAAAAGUCUUUAAACAUUUCUAUUGAUAAGAUUAGGAGUUUCGACAUGCGACUACGAGUAGCAGAUAUCGUCAAAGAAGAUCAGUUAGAGAUCAUCCCUGUAUCAAAAUGCGAGCAUCCAGCGGAGAUAGAUAUUUACUUUAUUCGAUAUUUUUAUUGCUGCUAAUCUGCAAUUUGGAAAGAAUCUUAGGUGAUGUAAGCCCGGAAGAUGUGAGAACGAUAGAACCAAAUGUGCCCACAAUUUGGGAUCGAAUUUUAAGCGGUGUUAAAAACUAUCCCUGGAAAACGAAUGUAAUUGAAAAGGAGAGCGCAGAAACUGCUAAAAGGAGAUCCGUUCUAUGGCAAAGACUUACGAUGGCCACAGUUCUUUAACAAACAAAAGUAUUGCCAGAUUAAAAAUAUUGGAAAUAAAUAAAUAAAUAGAUAUACAAUUCGUUGUGCUGUGCUGCAAAAUAAAAUAGCAUCGAGCGAUCAGCCCCUUGUUUAUUAAUCAGUUUUGGAAACA